AGAAAUACCCUCAGCAUUCUCCAACAUUUACUUCAACAAUCUCCCUAAAUCCCCAACCCAAUCCCUUCCCUCUUUCCUCCGGUCCUCCUCUCUCAGUCUCCACCCAUAAAACACAGAGAGCACCAGAACCCAUCACCCCAUCACCAUUAACCACCACCAUGUUAACCUCAACAUCAUCAUCCUCACUCCACCACCCAAUCCUCCACUCUCCCCUCCACUCCAAAACCCCAACCCUCACCCCACCCUCCCUCAAAUUCCAACCAAACCCAAAACCUCAGCUUCACCUCGGAACCUCAAUCCUCAUCUCCAAACGUUGUCCCAACAUCGUUGCCAUGAGUAAAUCCCCGAAAGUUGAGGAGCAGAAGUUCAGCGCAGAGGGUCUGGUCACGGAGUCGCUCCCGAACGGCAUGUUUCGAAUCCGAUUAGACAACGCGGACAACAUCAUAGGAUACAUUUCUGGGAAAAUCCGAAAGAGUUUCAUUAGGAUUUUGCCUGGGGAUAGAGUCAAAGUUGAGGAAAGGAGCCAAAGCCUUGUGAUAUGAAUUUUGGCUCAUGGUGUAUGGGAGGAUGUUAUGAAUCUGUGAGAUUGUGAAGGAUAGACGAGGCGAGGGUAGUGAUGCUAGUGGCGGUUUGGAAUAGUAAUAGAUGAGUGAGGUGAGUAGAGAACUAGAGAUGGCCCGAGUGGAGGGAAGGCGAAAAUAAUCAAAGGAUACUCUCAUCCCAAGGUUAGAGGGAGGUCGGCCUUGUGGGGUUUCUGCGGAUAUCCAUCUGGUUCGUUGCCAUCCCUGCUUGAGUGUUCUGUGAUGGUAUGGCAUUGUUGAUGCAA